AGAUUGGAAGCUCAUGGAUGGGUCUCACUGGGUCAGGGUUGUAGCGCGAUAGCGCCUACUAGGCAUGGUUGAGGAGUCAGUGAUCCAUGACCUGUGGAACGCAUGUUCCGGGCUCGGCGACUACCACAAGGUAGACGGAAAGCAACAGUACUACUACCGCUCGCGCGAUGAGUGCAUGACUUCUCUUGGAGAUGUGGAUGUCCUUCUGAAGCAGCAUGACAGCCCUGAGAAUGGAUACAUGCUGCGGCGGAAAUUGGGUGAAUGGCAGGUGCUUCGAACCCGAAUCAUUCCACUUUUCAUCGCCUACUUCAAGGAUUCAGAGCUUGUUACCAAUGUUGUGCAGCUGAUGGUGCUCUUGACCACUCGAGUAGGUCUCUAUGGAGCUGAAGAGCUGGAGCACCUGCAGCAUUUGCAGGAUUACAAGGAAGGCUUCUCCAAGUCAGAAGUCUUUACCAUCUUGGUGCGGCUUCUUCUGGAUGCCCUGGACCAAGAGGUGGGCGGCCAGAGGUUCUUUAAGGAUGUCCUGGUGCUCAUUAGAAACUUGGUCUCCGUGCCAGAUCCAGGGCCAGGCGAUGCUGGAUUUACACCUUUGCGAAGUCGCUUGCAGCUCACAUACAUCCGCCAUUUCUUUGACGAAGGUGUGCUUUCCUUCUUUCAUUUCUUGGGGGAGCAGCUUGUUUUGCGCGAAGAAGACGCAGAUCAGGUUUGGGCACUGGCCGACAUCCUCUACCACAUUUGCGCACAUUUUGACCCUCAGGAGAUGUGGCAAAGUCGUAGGGGCCGGAACAAGAGCGAGUUAGCGGAGCUUUUGGCACGAGAUAAAGCCGACAGCAAGCUCAUCACAUCGCAGUCCUCUAGGCACAGCCGCUUCGGUACAUCAAUGCAAACCUUCAGUGCUGAUGGAAGUCUGAAUGUGUCCGCUUCCGUGAUGCAGAAGAGCAUCAUCCAGAAGAGCAGCGCGCUCUUGAAGAAGGAGUUUCGCAAUCCUUUGGGAACAGACAAGAAGCAGAACAUGUUCCACAACCCCUUCUUUGUCGACUUGGCUGAAGGGUCUGUUCGUGAGCACAACCAGCUAAAUCCACAUGUGCGUGGAUCCUUGGAUGAUCGCGCAAGCCACAGUGAAAGGAUCCUGCAAGGCUACCGCUCCUUCCUGGAGCAAUGUACGUUCUUGAGCUCCUUGAUAAGCAUCCUUCGCAGCACUGUGAGUUCAAAAGAAGGGUCUGGCGCAGGAAAAGAGUUUAAUGUGCCACACUUGCUGAAUUUUGUUUCAUGGUUCUUGGAGUUUCAUCGCUGCCAGCACGCGGCACAGGUUGCAGAAGCCAAAAAGAAAAAUGCUGAGCCACCAGACUUGGACAUCGCCAACCUGCAGGGUGCCAUUGAUGUUGACAUGAUCCAGUUCACCACUGCCCGGCUGCGAGAGUUUGGAAAGGUGGGAAUGCACCAUUCACAGUUGAUGAUUGUGUUGCGAGUGCUGAGCCAGCAAGUGCAGAUCAUCAAGGUCACCUCAGAGUGUUCGGGGUCGGAUACCCGUGAUUGUGGAGACAUCUUGGUGCGGCACCUUGUGAAGGCAGACAUCAUGGCGAACCUCGCCUGGAUUAUGAAGAACUUCAAGAGCUCGACACACGACCCUCGCAUCCUCUCCUAUUCCGUGGAGGUGUGGGAUCAGAUGAUCAUUCUCAUGAACAGGCUGUGCGAGAGGUACUCCCAAGAAGACUUUCAAGUGGAUCGACAGCGAGGGGUUCACACAGUGCUUGCAAAUACCACGGUGGAGAACGAGGUUUCAGGUCUUACAGACUCUAGGGUCGUGGAAAACCUGUUCCAUCUCUUGGAGAAGUACCGCCGGUUGAGUCCACAAUUGCAGUCGAUGCUGGUGGAGUUGAUAUACAGCAUUGUGAAGGCUCACCACACCAACAUCGUACUUUUCUUUGAACUAUCGUUCUUCAUGCGCAUCUACCGGAUCAUGACAGACCCCUUGCUCACCAGCACCAAGAACAACACCAAAUACAAAGACCUCAUUGGGCUCCUUCAAUUCAUUCUGCAGUCCUUCUUCCAAUGUGCACAAGUCAACAGCUGCGUCUUUGCAGAGUUGCUUUUUCGCAAAGUGCAAGAGAAAGGCGUUGUCGAGUCCACGGCUGAGUUUGCUGCGAUUCUCGACAACUACGAGGAUGACACAUAUCGACGUGAUGUUCUAGACAGGAUUGGAGCUGGAGACACGCUAAAUGAGAUGAAGAUGAAACAGAAAGAACUUCAGAAGGGCCAACAGCCCUGGACUGACGAAGAAGACAAUAUCCUCAAGGAGAACCAUGACAUGUCUGCAACAGCUCCAACGCAGGAGCAACAAGGCUAUCAAGGCUUGCUGGGCAGCACGUCGUGUCUUGUGAUUUCCUGCGAGGACAUGCAAGAACAGGAUGUGGAGGUGCCACGCAAUGUGGUCUUUCUGCUUUGUUUCUUGGUGGCGAUUGGUGCUCUCCUUGCAAAGAUGACCGCGCUGCAAAAGAUUGCCGAGAUUGAGGCCGAAAUGGCACGGACGCAGAAGAACAAAGCAACCAAUGCGCAUCUUGGGUUGCUGAAGGCAAAGCUUGCCAAGUUACGAGCGACCAUUGUGUCGGAGGGCACGAGAGGUAGCGGUGGUGGAGGUGGACAGCAAGGUUUUGAGGUCUCCAAGACGGGAGAUGCCAGAGUUGGCCUUAUUGGAUUUCCGUCGGUUGGCAAAUCCACCUUGCUGAACAAGAUGACGGGCAGUAGCAGCGAGGUGGCUUCAUAUGAGUUCACCACUUUGACCUGUGUACCUGGUGUUUUUAAUUACAAGGGUGCCAAGAUCCAGCUGUUGGACUUGCCCGGUAUCAUCGAGGGUGCCAAGGAUGGCAAGGGCCGAGGAAAGCAGGUGAUCAGUGUGGCAUACAGCUGCAGCCUCAUCUUGAUUGUCUUAGAUGUGAUGAAGCCGAUCCUGCAUAAGCGCAAGAUCGAGUACGAGCUCGAGGGUUUUGGGAUCAGGUUGAACAAGUCGCCGCCAAACAUCCUCUUCAAGAAGCGGGAGAAGGGUGGUAUUGCCUUGAAUAUGGCACCAGGCUGUGAGCUUCAGGACUGCGAUGAGGACAGUAUCAUGCAGGUUCUGAAGGAGUACAGAAUAUCCAAUGCGCAAGUUUCUAUCAGAUGCAACGCAACAAUGGAUGACAUCAUAGAUACACUUGAGGGCAAUCGAAAGUAUUGUCCUGCGAUUUAUGUGAUGAACAAGAUCGAUCAGAUCACAAUUGAAGAGCUAGAUAUCAUUGCCGAGGUGCCUCAUCAUGUUCCCAUUUGUGCCCAUCACGAAUGGAACCUUGAUGGCCUGGUUGAGAUGAUGUGGAGAUAUAUGAGCCUCUUGAGGAUAUACACCAAGCCACGUGGUCAAAUCCCGGACUACACGGCACCGGUGAUCCUUCCUGCGGAGAAGAACAAAAUCGAGGACUUUUGUCUUCGAAUUCACAAAUCUCUUCUUGGACAGUUCAAAGUUGCUUUGGUGUGGGGCAUGUCUGUCAAACACAACCCACAAAGAUGUGGGAAAGACCAUCAGCUCAUGGACGAGGACGUGGUACAAAUCAUCAAAAAGGUCGGAUGA